AUGAGUGAUAAGAAAAGGUUAAAGUAUUCGCAGGAAAAUAUGGAGAAAGCACUACGAGAUAUACGAGAGAAGAAAAUGAGUAUAAAUCAGGCUGCAAAAUCAUACGACAUUCCAAAAACAACGAUAUUAGACAGAUUAAAAGACAAAUAUAAAAAUCCAGGUAACAUAGGCGGUCAAACUGUACUGACAAGCUCAGAAGAAAUGUAUCUGGUGAAAUGGAUUUUAGAAUUGGGCGAAGUCGGUUUUCCGAUAACGAAGACCCAGUUACUGGAUUCUGUCACAAAAUUAAUUAAGAGUUUAGGCCGUCCAAAUCCUUUUAAAGAUGACCAGCCGGGUAAGAAAUGGUAUAAUGGCUUUCUUGCUCGCCACCCGGAAGUUUCGAAAAGAGUUCCACAAUCUCUCACAACAUGCAGAGCGAUUGUUUCGGAGAAUAGUAUUAGGAGCUGGUUUUCAAAAAUAAGGCAAUAUAUUGUUGAUAAUAAAUUAAUAGAACUUCUCCAAGACCCGAAACGUAUCUUCAAUUGUGAUGAGAGCGGUUUUUAUCUGUCGCCUCAAGAAAAGCAAGUACUAGUCAGAAAAGGCUCGAAAAAAGUGUCCAAUCGUACUGUCAACGACGAGAAAGAGUGUUUGACGGUUUUACUUACAGUAGCUGCUGAUGGGGCAAUACCUCCACCAUUGAUUAUGUUUCCGUAUAAACGCUAUGUUCCGUCGUACAUCACAGCCAAUAUGCCUAAAGGGUGGGGAAUGGGUCACUCUGAUUCUGGGUGGAUGACUAGUGAGACAUUUUAUGAGUACAUCACAAAUGUCUUUCACCCAUGGUUAAAAGAAAAAGGAAUCCAAAUGCCAGUAGUUCUUUUUCUGGAUGGUCAUUCAUCUCACAUUAAUAUUAAUCUGAGUGAAUACUGUAAAGAACAUGAGAUAAUUCUGAUAGCAUUCUACCCCAAUGCUACUCACCGUCUACAGCCAUUGGAUGUAGGGGUAUUUUAUCCUUUAAAAAAAUGGUUGGCGCAAUGA